GACCGCCACAAGACCUUCGUUGAUGACGUGUUCAUUGCGACGGCCAGGGUCGGGGAGGGUGGGAAGGCUGAGGAGGCGUUCGAGUGCUUCGGUUGCACUGACUGCGUGGACUUCGCCAGCCGCAACCUUCCAGGGCGCGCGUUUGCGGACGUCGUCCGCGACAAGAAGGAGGACGAGAAUUUCGCUCAGGAGGUGGACGGGGCCAUGAACAUAGGCGAGAGCGACGAGGCGCCCUUCGGCAUCGAGGCUGGCGAGGGCUCGCAGAUAGGCGGCACCCUCUUCGAGGACUACCUUGCGCCCAACCACCACCAGGUCGUGUCGACAUGGAAGAAGACGCCGAAGCAGUUGUGCCUCAGGCCCCUGAAGUGGCGCGGUCGGAACGGCGUCGAGACCACGGUGUACCCCAUCAAGGAGAACGACAACAGUUGGCCGAGGCUCCGCUUGUACAGCGAGUCGUUCGACUACGCGAUGCAGAACUUGAUGCAGAAUGGCAUGGGUUGCUUCGCCUCGCAGCCCGACAGGGUGAUGACCGCCCAGGCUCGGGAUACGAGCAAUCCGAGGCGCGCUUUCUCGACCAUCCGCUUGCCGACCGUGGGCGCCGUCAACGACAGGAGCGCGGAGUUGGGCGGCGGCAGGGUUCAGCUGACGGACUUCUCGCCCCGCGCUGCUGGCCGCGUGCGGGUCAGCGAAGUACCUCCCACGCCGGCGCCCUCCCCCAGGGGUUCUGGGGCAUGGGUGCAAAGCGGCUCAGGGUCAGGGAAUCCUCCAGCUUUGGCCAUCGGCGACGUGCCUGACCACGAACGAGAGGAGGGCGUCGAGGACGACGACGAGGACAUCGAGGUCCCGAGGGAUGCCGCAGCGUGCUACGCCGACUCGGCGGUCUCGGGCACGCGCCGCACGCCUCAGCCUUCGCCUACCAGCGAGAGGGGCCCAAGGACGCCUGGCAGCUUGCUUCGCGGCAGCAGCGGCACGGUGCUUCCCCCUGGGGGCCGCCAUGGCAUUCCUUCGGAGAUCCAGAAUACCCCGAACGAGUUCCAGAAGGGUACCCCCGAGUAUUGGAUUCACGACCUGAACUUGACAUGCGUCAUGGCUGGCGCGAAACUCGGCCAGGGCCCUCAUCAGCUAGAGGCGAGACUUCCCAGCAGCACCAAGGCAGCCGUGUUCGUCGAGGAGGUGUUGAUCUCCUACCUCAUCCCGCUCAUUCUGGGCGACGCCCCUAUGGAGCGACAGGUCCUAGACUUCAUCGAGACGGCCUUGGUAUUCUUCCAGCUCCCCGAGGAAUGCGACAUCUCCGAGGAGUGCGCUCAGGCCAUUGUCGAGGUCAAGCAGAUAUGCGAGGCGAUCCAGACGGCAGCCUCGAAAACCAUCGGGAAGUCCGCGCAGAAAGACACCUACGCCGACAUCGGCACCUUGCAGGCUGCUGGCGGCAAAGCAGGGGCCACAGACGCUUGGGCGCAGGUCGGGGCUGCUCUGGGGCAGUCGCCCCACUGGAAGACGCUCCUGAAGAACGUGAUCUCCAGGGAGAAGGUCUACCUGGAGCUGGCGCCUCUAGUCGCCCAGGACUUGUCCGAAGUCGAGGCUCUUUCGAAGACGAUGGAUGUGAAUGCCUUCCCAGUGCGGGCCAAGUCACUGAUCGAUCGUCUCCCCAACUACAUCGCCAGGUUGGGGGCUGAGCCAAUCCAGAUGCUCGAGACCUCGCUGGUCCAGGUCAUUCACAAGGCAGCCACUGCUGUUCUCGAGAAGGAUUUCCCUGGCGACACUGCCAAUGACCCGACUCGUUACCAUGCGUUGCUCGAGUCUUACUCGGAGGUCGUCGAGAAGGUCUAUCAGGUGUGCCAGUCGAUAAUAGCCAUCUCGGUCGUUUAA